AUGUACAUUCCUCACAAGCGGGCCUUGAGCCACAAGGAUAGCAUCAUCAUCAUUUGUGUGGCCUGCAUCCUCUUUGUUGUUGCCUCGUGCGUGUGCUCGUAUUUCGGCGCCCGAUGGCUACGUCAACGACACUACAAUCCGAAGUAUAUCCCGGGACAGUUUUUGAAAGAGAAAUGGAAACAAUGGCGCCCCGGAAGCGCCAGCUACGGCCAGGUGCCCAAUCCUCGAGCACCUAACGCCGAUGAUACCACGUACCACGGUGCGGGAGGAGCCCCCGAGAUGACUACUGUCAACAAUGUCAACAAUGGCAACAAUGGCAACAAUGGGGGCGUCCAACGUGAGACGUCCGUCCGAUCCAUCAUGACAUUGCCACCCUACUCCGUCAGCCCUAAGGAAUCCGAGCAAGUAGUCGCGCGAGAGGGUGAACGCGCUGGCAUGGAUAUGGUCGUGGAGUUCCCCGAAACGGCCGACGAGCAAGAAGCACGUCGCGAGGAUCAAAUGGAGUCGCUCUAUCAACUCCGUCUCCAGCGUCGUCAGGAAAUGGCCGAACGAGAAGCCCGCCGACAAGAACGACAUGACGCUCGUGCUCGCGGUGACACCGUCCGCCUUGAGCAAUUGGCAGCAGAAUCCCGCGCUCGGAAUAACGCUCGCACUGCCAAUGCCAGCAACACUUCUAUCAGUGCGACUGCCGUCCUUGCCGAGCAACAGUCUCGCGAACGGGAUCGACGUAUCUCCAGCGUCAGCUAUGCCUCUAUCGGUCAUGUCCGGCACGACGGCUCACGUCUUCGAGCCGACUCCCACGACUCAGACCACCAGCCUCUUCUCUCAAACGCCGUCGUGGACUCCGCGUCGCCGUCACUGAUGGAUCAGCCUAGCAUGCGCUCGCGGGUUCAAUCAAUUGCAUCAUCAAUCAUGACGGCAUCGACCGCCCUCACAGAAAUCGACCCUUUAGCCCUUCGCCCGACUUCAACUCAUCGAUCCAGCCGACCGACAUCAAUGCACUUCUCAAGUCGCCCAGUCUCAGUCGCCCAACCUGAGGAAGGCGACCUCGGCACCUUAGGCAUCCCCCCACCGCCAGAUUACGAGCACCUGAGACUGGGGCAAUGCACCCGCCUACGAAAGCUCAGCCCUCGAACGCGACACAAGUUCAGGCCGCCAACUUCCCGAACUUUCCCGUUUGCCUUCCAUUCACAUCAACGUGGCCUCGCCGACCGCAGUCUCCCCGGUAUCCCCAGUGAAUACAUCCUCACCUCAAGACGAGCUGGACCAUAA